AUGGUUCUUGAUCCCGAAAAAGCAGAACUCGAGGCCGCAAGUCAUGUACCUCAUGACCUCGACGGGCCAGUCUCUCACCCCGGCAUCUCAACAACCAAAGACAAUGGAUUUUCAAAAAGAGAAGAGACAGAUGAAGACUCAAUCCACUCGCACUCCUCACUAGGAACCAUAGAAGCCGUUCCAGAAGAGACUUGCCCCCCUCAACGGUCGAAAUCAAAAUCCUCAUCAGUUCACUCUCGACCAUUGUCGAUAAUACCCCGCUCUAAAAGGAGAGGCUUGCUCGCGAGAUUUACUGUCAUUCCAGAAGUGGAACGACCUUAUGAUUAUAAAAGAAGCACGAAAUGGCUCAUCACGCUGCAAGUAGCGUUAGCAGCCGCCGCAGCACCGAUGGGGAGCGCGAUUCUCCUCCCUGCAUUGCCGCAACUAGCAACAGACCUCAACAGCACACCAACAAUCACUAACCUCUCGGUUGCCAUGUACAUGCUCUCCAUGUCCAUCUUCCCUCUCUGGUGGUCCUCCUUCUCGGAAACCCUCGGCCGGCGAACCAUCUACCUCGUCUCCUUCGCCCUCUUCGCGCUCUGGAACAUCAUCUCCGCAGUUAGCACCUCCAUGGGCAUGCUAAUCGUGAUGCGGAUCCUGGGCGGUGGCGCCUCCGCAUCCGUGCAAGCAGUAGGCGCCGGAACCAUCGCCGACAUCUGGGAAGUGCGCAAGCGAGGCAAAGCCAUGGGGAUUUUCUACCUAGGGCCUCUCCUCGGACCACUUCUAGCACCAAUCAUAGGUGGUGUCUUGUCACAAGCUUGGGGAUGGAGGAGUACGCAGUGGUUUCAGGUAAUUUAUGGGGGUGUAUUAUUUAUUAUAUUAACGUUUUGUCUCCCUGAGACGCUUGCUUUCAAGCAGCCUGCCGUUCCCCCAAUGCAAGCCGCGGACGAGAAUUCUGUACGGCCGGAUCUGGGCCGCGUCUCGACGCGGCAGUCGGUUCAGAUGAAGACAAAGAAGGUUGCCAAGGUCUUCAAGCGCUGUAUUAUCGACCCUCUGAGCGUACUGCUGUACCUCCGCUUCCCGGCUGUCCUCAUCACUGUAUAUCUGGCCUCCAUAACGUUUGGCAGCUUGUACAUGCUCAACAUCGCCAUCCAACAAACGUUCUCCGAAAAGCCGUACAACUUCUCCGUCAUUAUUCUUGGUCUGCUCUACAUACCAAGUUCUCUUGGCUAUCUCGCAGCAUCAGUGCUCGGUGGACGAUGGUCUGAUUACAUUAUGCACCGCGAGGCUCGCGCUGCUGGCCGGUACGACGAGCACGGGAAACUGGUGUUCCGUCCUGAAGACCGGAUGAGAGAAAAUGCCUGGAUAGCGUCUGCGAUCUUCCCGGGUGCUCUGAUCUGGUAUGGCUGGACGGCUGAAAAGGGCAUCAUUUGGAUUGUGCCCAUCAUCUCGAACUUCUUCUUUGGUAUGGGAAGCAUGGUCGUCUUCGGGUUGUCGACUACCAUGCUCACCGAAUUCAUGCCAAAGCGCAGCAGCAGUGGAGUGGCGGUUAAUAAUUUCAUCAGGAACAUAUUUAGUUGUGUGGGUGGUAUCAUUGCCCAGCCUCUCAUUGCGGCAAUUGGACUCGGGUGGCUGUUCACUGGCUUGGCGGUCAUUUGUUGGAUCAGUGCCUUCUCCGUCGUUUGGGCGAUGAGAAAAUACGGUCCGAAGUGGAGGAUUGCAAUGGAUCAGAAACUCCGAAUGUGA